AUGCCGGCUCGACAUUACAUCCACCGUCACAGGCGACACGCAGUCGUUCAAACAGGAUCGCGCUUUCCCCACCUUCUCCUCCUUCCCGUCCUCUUCACCUCCCUACUCCUUCCAGUCGCCUUCCUUACCACCCCAGCAGCAGCGCAAUCCACGCCGUAUUCCACGCUCGGCGUGCCCGUCGGAAUCAUCGCUGGCGGGGUGCACAACCCGCUGACGGGCGACAUAAAAAACGUCGCAUGGCAGGUGAACCUUCGCACGCGACGCGAGAUCGGAACGGUCGGCGCCGCGGAUAGCGACGCGGACGCGUGGCGCGCGGACUGUAGCGUCGCGACGGACGGCACUGCUUACGUCACUUCCACCACCUCGCGACUCAACGUCGUGAGCUACACGACAGACGGGCCAGUGGCGCAGCCGCCCGUAAAUCUUCCGGCCGGGUUCACGAGCACCACAACAGUACUCGGGGGACCUUCCGAGAACCUUCUCGUGGUGGCAGAUGGGGGGGAGUCGGCAGGAGGGGCGGUGUCGGUGGAUAGGAUCAAGAAGACGGUUACAGAACUGGCAGGAUCGGGUUACCAGUGCACGUCGGCGACAUUCUGCUCUUCGCCAGCGGCGUCGCCGACCGAUUUCCUCGUCCUGACUUGCCACGUCACCGCGGAUGACUCUGACGUGGUUGUCACCGUCCCUAUCGACCCUGCCACGGGUACAUUCCAAACCGAUGCCUCGUCGAUUAAAUACAUCUCAUCUACAUACGCGAUUCGGCAAGCAGCGUGUUCUCCAGGAGGCGGUUUCAUAGCCCUACUGAGAUACGAUUCGAAUAUUCUCUACACCUACGCGCUUCCGCUGGCUGGAGCCGCGCUUCCCGCGUCGCCGCUCUCAUCGACCACUCUUACCGCGGGUGCCCCCUCGUCGCUAGUAAUCGACGCCACUUACAAGAACGUCCUCGUUACAAGCACGUCGUCCUACAAGACGGGCGGCAACGGGCAGAGCUACCUCGGCACGCUCGACUCCGUGCCUUAUACCGAAACCGGCGGGUGCGCUACUACCGCGUCUGCCGGCGCGUUUCAGUUCUUAACUGCCGGAACCUACGCGCGCUUAGCGCUAUAUCCCGGAAGCUCCUUAGACGCUCCUGUGGUACUGAUGGCUAUCUGGGAGGGAGUUUAUUCCUUGAAGCUUGCAGCAGACGGUGCGGUUCAGACCGAUACAGCUGGGUUUAUUAACCUAGAAGUUUGUAGCGUCCCCUUCCCCUCCGCCGCCUCCACCGCCCUCGCCGCCUUCCCCUCCUCCCAGUCCCCCCCGCCGCCGUCUCCGCCUAAGCCACCUUCCCCACCAAAGCCUCCUCCUCCUCCGAGGCCUCCCCCAAGCCCCCCAAAGCCGCCGUCGCCUCCGCCGCCGCCUCCCCCUUCCCCGCCACCAUCCCCGCCGCCUCCGCCUUCCCCGCCUCCAAGUCCCCCGCCCCCACCGAGUCCCCCUCCUAGCCCUCCGCCACGCCCGCCACCUCGCCCUCCCCCAAACCCGCCCCCGUCACCCCCCCCACGCCCUCCCCCUAGACCUCCCCCACGCCCGCCCCCAUCCCCGCCCCCGAGCCCUCCCCCCAAACCUCCCCCACGCCCGCCCAAAAGCCCUCCGCCUAAACCGCCUCCGCGCCCGCCCCCCAAGCCCCCCAAGCCCCCCAAGAAGAAGACAAGACGGGCUCUGGAAGUGGGCGGGUGGGCGGGAGCGCGGGGAGUAGAGUUGAUCAACAGGCGCAAGCCGCCUCCGCUCCCCGUGUUGACGGAGAGGGAGGGUGGAAAGGCGCUUCUGCUUCCGCUACAGUUACCUGGAAAUCUAUGA